CAAGCAAUCAUGGCCCUAGUAGCCAGCGGCAUCACUUCAGCGGGUGCCUCCGUUGCCCUCUCGAAUUUCACUCCGCGCAUCGAAAACCUCCCACAGCAAUGCCAGGCCGUAUACACAAGACCGAUAGCGGGCUGCGAAGCCGGCGACUUUGGAAGCAACAGCAGGUGCAGCUCCUCCUGUGUUAAAGGGCUCGUCGACAUCCAGAACCUGGUCACCCAAGCCUGCGCGACUGUCGAUGUCCCCGAAACUUCCAUAAUCGGCGUCUUCCUACUUGGAAAGGGCAUACCCGCGCUA